CUUCACUGUUGUCUCAGCCCACCUGAAGCUUUUGCGUUGCCCUGUGGUUUCCGCUGCCCUUCCUCUUUUGCCCACCACACGUCUGCAAACACACCUUUUGCACGCAAGGUUCUUCGCUCUGGGUCUGGUCUCUCCGUCUGCUCUGUCCGCUCCCGUUCUUGCAGGAAGGAGCAGACACGGCCAAGGACCAGCCUGCCGCUGAGCCGCACUACAUACAGAAGGAGCUCCACGAUCUACCAGUGUUCGAGGGGCUGGGUUCUCUGCUUGAUGGCAUCCGGGGACUUCAUUUUUAUUUUAUUUUUUUUAAAGAGAGGUGUCCCGACUCAGACCAUCUACACCAAAAGCAAGCCUCCCUCUCUGAGCUUAAGCCAGCAUGGCUCAGUGAGUAAGGGACUGCACUGUGAUGGGGGGAAAUUUGCAAUUCAGACCUUACCUCUGCCACAAGCUUGUGAAGAGGACUCAGGCAAGCUCCUGUUUCUCUUUCUCACUCUUCCCAUGGGAAGAAAAAUACCGUCCUCCCAGCCUAUAAGACAGUGUUGCAAUUUCUGAGCAGUUCUGUCCAGGAGACUGUGCCCAGGUUAUGACGACUAAUCCCAAACCGAACAAAGCAUUAAAGGUCAAGGAGGAGUCGGGAGAGAACGCCCCGGUGCUGAGUGACGAUGAACUCGUGUCGAUGUCUGUACGGGAGCUGAACCAGCACUUGAGGGGUCUCACGAAGGAGGAGGUCAUCCGCCUGAAGCAGCGGCGACGCACACUCAAGAACCGGGGCUACGCAGCCAGCUGCCGCAUCAAGCGGGUGACACAGAAGGAGGAGCUGGAGAGGCAGCGUGUUGAGCUGCAGCAGGAGGUGGAGAAGCUCGCCCGGGAAAACAGCAGCAUGAAGGUGGAGCUGGACGCUCUGCGCUCCAAGUACGAGGCACUGCAGACCUUUGCUCGCACUGUCGCCCGGGGGCCUAUCACCCCAACCAAAGUGGCCACCACCAGCGUAAUCACCAUUGUGAAAUCGACAGAAAUCUCAUCUGCUUCAGUACCGUUUUCAGCAGCCUCCUAGAGUCCGAAGUGGAAGAACUAGCAGCCUGUUUUGAAGAGGAGGGUGGGAUUCUGUCCACUUGCCUUCCUUGAGGAUUGGCAGUCUAUCUUUUCUGCAGUUGUCAAGUGGAGUCAACAAAGGGAACGCUAACCACCCGUUCUGCUGUGGACCUUGAGUUUGGUGAGCCUCUGGUGGACAAGUCUGGAACUCCACGUGCAGAAAGAGUUGCACCAAGAGGUCUUGCACAGCUCCUCCCUUCAGCCUCUUUUAGGUCCUCAGCAGUUCCCUGCCUGGGGGACGAUGCCAGAUUAUCCUCUGGAGCAGUGUUGAAUGCAACCGAAUUGCCCAGAAAUGGAUGGCCUGGCAGAAUCAUCGGGCAGAACAGAUGAAGGAAGAAGAAUGGCAUUUUCCUCCCUUUGGAAACAAUAAUAAUGUCAGCCUCUCUCAGCUACCUCACAGAGAGGGUGAUAAAGAACUUGGCUUUGGAGCAGCUUGGGCUGAGGGUUCAUCAGAAUGUCAUGGGAGAGGGUCUUGUCUCUUCAGUUAUGGGAAGCCUUCAUGGAUGAAUGUCUACCAGUUGAUGUGAUUCCUUUUGGUUCCUGUUUCCUUCUCUGCUGUGUGGCCUAGGAAAUGGAACGACGUCUGCAGAAAUCUCCCAUGAGCUGCUUCCUCAUUAUGCACCUGUGAAUUGGGUGUCUUUAUGUGGUCUCAUUGCUUCCAGAUUUCUCUCUCUCUCUCUCUCUCUCUCUCUCUCUCUCGUUCAUAAGGACAGCGUUUUAAAUCUAGGCUCCACAAUGCUGCAGAGAAGAGGAAAUGGGAAACUAUUAAGACUGGGACGUGGGCGGUGGUAAGUGGGUGGGCUGGGGAAAAGAGACAUGCUAGAAGAGGAACAGUUAUGAUAGCAGCCGGUACUGUCAGAAGAUGUUUUUGAACGCAGUAAAAGAUCUGUGUAGAGCACAGAAGUGUAGGAAGGCAGAAAGUCGCCAGGUUGCCACAGAAGCAAAUGUGAGUUCAACACAAAUCCUCACCUGUACUGUUUGACAUCAUGAGAUCACUUCUUGGUGCUCUUUAAGACCAAGUAAAAGUGUGUGGCAGAAAUGAGUGAGCAGUUAGAAAGCAUUCUUCAGUAGACUGGCCUGAAAUUUUUAGAUCCGAAUACCUACAGGGUUCAAGGAAACGGGUCCCUGAUGGUACCCUGAAAAACCUGGGGGUGUGGAUUAUCCAAAGAAAACACAGGAAGUGCUGAAGUUAAUAUUGUAACUAUUUUGAACUUGGGUAGGAGAUAUGUUCGAUGACCCACAGGAAGAAUUGGGGCUGAUCAGCUCAGCAGAAGGGGAGGGAGGGCGGGCAGGCAGAGACCAGAAGGGGUGAAAACGGCGGUGUGCACAGAUGAUGCAGGAAAAAGAAGGGCUUGCCAGGUGGCGUCAGUUGACCUGGGCCCAACAGGACUGUUUAGAGGAUUGUUCUAAGCAAGUAGAGAAGAGAGAGCUGAGUUCUGUGGACUUACUGAGGAAGGAGGGAUGUGGUUGAUGGUUGGAGUUAGUUUGUAAUGAGUGUGCAUGAGGGAAAUACUGGGAAGGGGAGGGAAGCAGGGAAGAGUGACAGGAGCAUCAGAUGAAAUGGAAAGGAAGAACCUCUUGCAAGUUGGCCUUCAUGGGGUCUGUGAGCAAAAUAGUUGGUUCUUUCGUUUUUGACCUUUAAUGCUGUAUCUCUCAGGGGAUACUCCUUGAGGCUUCCAGACCCAGAAAGGAAGGGGAAGAUUCUGAGACUUGGAGCCAAAAUAGGCAAGCGGAAGCUGUUUGGGGUGACUCUUGAGCUAAGCUGUGCCAUUUUAGACUGCAGAUGGGGGAGAUAAUCUUUGAAUGCCUCCUCACAUAAGAUAUUCCCCCACACAGCUACACGAAAGUAGCAUGUCAGGGAAAGACUACCCUAGAAUUCCUUCCUGAAAUGCUGUGUGUGUGUAUAGGAGUAUUUUAUGUUUGAGCUCUCAGCCCCAUCUACAAUAUGUAAUGGUGCGACCCAGCAAUGGAUACUAUACGUGGCAC